UCUCUUUCUCUGUCUCUCUCUGGUUUCCUCCUUCCUUCUCUUCUCUUUCUUCUUUUUCCUCCUUCGUUGUUUCUUUCUCAUUAUUUUUUUAUUUGUUGUUUGUAUUAUAUCGCUAAAUAAAUGUUGUACAUAAACAACAGAGAAGUAUGUGCAAUAUUUUUCAAUAGUCUGAUUAAUUUUUUUUCAUUAAUUUUUUGUACAAGAAAUUUACGAACGAUUCAUCAAUAAAUCUUUCGCAUGCCCCAUGGUACGAUAGCUACUUAUUACGAGGUUGGUAUGUACCGAAUGACCAAUACAGAAAGGCGCGCGUACAUACAAGCAUAUAUAAGAGCGUAGGAUUAAAUCUAUUAUGCUCGCCACGAUUCGUCUCUCUUUUUCUCUCUUUUGAAUAUGUGCGCUUAUGGUUAAUGCUUAUAUUCCUUCUUCAUUUUUGAUGUGUCAAGUGUAUAUCGCUCAUGCUUAAAGUGUUAAGUACAGCGUUAUAUGCUCACGCGCGCGUUAGGAAUAGCAUUGGUUCACAUCACUUAACCAUAUGCGUGUAUAAGUAGUGAGCCACUUCCCGAUAGCGCAAUGGCCCGUUCCCUCUCCCUUCUCUCUCUCUCUCUCUCUCUCUCUCUCUCUCUCUCUCUCUCUCUCUCUCUUUCUCUCUUUCUCUCUCUCUCUCUCUCUCUCUCUCUCUCUUCCUCCCCCUUUCUUUUACAUCAUCGUUUCUAUGAUUCUCCAUUUAAUGUCACACUUCUUUUUAUUUUUUAUACAAAAUUUCACAACGAUAUAUUAACUCUAGAUAGCACAGAGAUUCAAAAUUUCAAUUUUAUGUCACCAAUUAUGAAUUCUUUUUGAGAUGCAAAAAGAAUUAUUUUUAUAAAAAAAUAUUCAAAAAGAAUUCAUAAUUGGUGACAUAAUUAAUACAUACAAUUGAGAGUUCUUUUUGAACUCUCUGUGCUGUUUAGGAAAUUAUAUGCCGUCAAAUUUGAAAAAGUAGUGGAUCGAUAGAAUUUAAUUAAAGAAAAAAAGAAGAUGCAUAUCGCUUGCAAACUAGCAACUAACAAGAAUUUUGUUAGCUCUAAUUUUCUUUUGUUGCCGCGGUGCGAAUGAGCGCAAGGUUACACAUCGUAUGAUUGCCUUCUUACGAUUGUAUAAAGCAUGUUGAAGAGAGCAUAUAUUGAAACCAUAUUCAUUUCAACUGGAAUGAAAAUCUCCGAUGAAUGAACGAUUAUAAUGCGCCAUGCAUCAUAAUUUAAACACAUGCAAAAAUAUACAAUAAACUAAUUUUUUUUUCUUUGGUAUGAUGGCCAAGUUUUCCGCUUGGCGAUACGUUCUCUAAUCUAGAUUUUAAUUAUAAAGAUUUAUGAGCGCAGAGAGCAAUCUCGACGUAACUAGUUUCAUAUACUUUUGCGAGACUUUCACGGAAGAUUUUCCCAUACAACGCGUGUUUUUCUGUGACGCGCUAUGCGACACGCUAUGCCUUUUAAUGAAAAGGUUAGGUAAGAAAGAAUUACGGCUUUUCGUUCGUUUCUCUUUUCCAUACAUCUUAUUUCCACGCAACAUAUUCUUUACAAAUAAAAUUAGAAUUACGCUCAUUUUACCAUAAGAAAACCGUUUAAAAUUUGUUUUUUUUUUUUACCUUAUAUCUAGUAAGUCUUAUCUAAUAUCUUAUCGAUGAUAUACUUUUUUGUAAUAAAUUUAUUUAAAAUGCACUAUCAAAUUGAUGCUUCUGAUCAAAACUAUUGAAUCUUUGUAAAUAUUAAGUAUAAAACGUUAUCCUCAACUUUCUGCUUAUCAUCGGAAGUGGGCUUCUCGAGUAAAUCCUUUGAACACACCAUCACUUACAUUUGAAUGAUAACGCAACGUCCUUCACAUAAUAUUUCCGUUCUAGCGACGGGAUAUUACGUGAUAUCACUAUACACGAGCAAUAAAAGCUAACCUGACAAGCAUGCAUCACGCGCAAAUGUUUGAAAAUACGAACAAAAGGAGAAAUCGACUCGGCUUAAAUUUCCGCUGUCAGAUUCUAAGAUUAAUUAAAUGUAGAAUAAAGACGUAAAAAGCACGUUCUACGGUACAUAUAUACGAUAUAACAAUACGUAUUAACAUUCGAUGAAAAAGGCAAGAGGAAAGCCGUUGAACUAAAAAUUUGGAAAAAAAAGUGGUAAGUGAUGUAGGUCUGUUAUUUAUCGAUCAAUUAUUGUUUGAUCAAUUAUCGAUCGAAAAAGGGCACAAAUGUAGAAGGAGAGGGAAGAAAGGAAGAAAAAUGUAUUAGGAUUUAGCAACGAUAUGCGCAUAAAUGCGGCAAUCGAUACGACGGCGACAUGCAGCAAAUCGACGGGUGACCGAGAAAAUGGUUUAGAUGUGAUGUAAAGACAAUCACACAGUCGAUCGUUGGCGACCGGUGGACUCCGCUCGACGACAUUGCUCGACGCCGCGCCUCAAUCGAGCGAACGCGUGAAUGAAACGGGUGGAGCACUUACGAGGAAAAAAAUAUGAAUGAAGUCAUAGUAGUAACAGUCGCGUACGGUUUACGUUUGGCGCGCAUGCGUCCUCAAGUUGUAAUGCAUGUAGCACGUGUAUCGUUUCGUGUCAUUCAGCGUGACAACAACGUAAAAGUAUGCAAGGGGACGGACGAUCGGCCUGAUUGGCCUCAUCGGCCAAGUUACUCGCAACCAUGUCCGAGGCUCACAACCGAGUGCCUGGAGCGCGCGCCUACAUCCGCGCCGGAGCCUGGUCCCGCUCCCUCUUCUACUCAUCCGGUUGACGGCUCGCAUCCGGUACACUCGCACCCCCUAUGCUUCUACCGUCACGUCACCUUAUGUCGACGUGCACGCCGCUCCAGUGCAGCCAACUUCUAUAUGGGGUCUCGAAGCCUAGUAAUACUGAUCGUCAUUUUACAGUUCGGCCAUUCUACUUUUCAGCUACGUCCCGAAGCUGCAACUGUAAUUAUAUUUAUUUACUCCACUUAUUCAAUAGAAGGUAAAUUAGUCCAUUUCUUUAAUUUAUCCGACGAUAAUAUGGUAUUCAACGGUCUCGUAGAGUGAUUGAAUCCAGGUACAUCUUUGAUUACAUAUC